ACACCAGUUGUUGAAUGUGGGGCUUAAAGAGAGAUAAUUGUCGAUUAGGACUCCAAGAUAGGAUUCCAUCUUUGAUCUAUCUUGUAUUUUAGGACAAAGUAUUUCUACUUUAAACACUCGAUUCCAUGUAAAGAUCCAGAAUUCAAACAAAAAGUGCCACAAAAACAAAAAGUACUCGUGUAAAAUUACCCAUUUCAGAAAAAUAUUAAGUACAGAAGUAUUAUCAGCCUAAUGGACUUCAAGUAUCAAAAGUAAAAGUAGCAGAAUGGUUUCUGUUUUUAUCACAUGAACAAACUUUAUGUUGUUGUUCAAUAUGGAGCCAAUUUCAGAGACUUUAUAGAAUACAUGAUUGAUAUGUUAUAUUGAUAUGAUUAAUGUAAGCAUAGUGUGUUUAAAGUAACUGAGUGUUAAAUAAGUAGGAUUAUAAAGUAGCAUGAAAUGGAAAUGCUCAAGUAAAAUGAUGUAAAUAUAAUACUUUGUUACAUUCUGCUUGAUGGGGAUUUUAGCAUAAUGACUGAUAUUACAAAACAGCUGAUUUCCCCUAAAAACUCCUGUGACUUAAAACAUCAUUUAUCUUAUGUAUUAAUGCCUCAUUUGUGGGAAGAAAAAAAAUGCCACCAUGUAAAUGAUUGAGAGUGCUUAAUCAACUUCCUCUUUUGUAUCCACACACGUAUAUUCCAAAGACCUGUUUGGCAACUGUAGAAUCAUUACUCAGUCAGACGAGUAGUUGGAAUGUAUUUUGUGCAUUGGCAUGAAACAACAAGAAACCAGGAAGGUGUAUUUCCCCGAGACCACGCCUCCUGAGAGUCACUCAAGAUAAGGCGAUGCACAGCAAGCUGAAUCCAUAUAUUGACGGAGAGAUGGCACCUACAGUGGAAAUAGUGUCGAGGCAGCAGUGGGGGGCGGCUGCUCCGAAGCAGGCGCCGGAUAAGAUCUCCUGUGCUCAGAGAGUGAUCAUCCACCACACGGACACCCCAAGCUGCAGCAGCCGCAGCGAGUGUGUGAGCCGCGUCGUCAGCAUCCAGAGAGGGCACAUGACUGAGAGAAAAUGGGAUGACAUCGGGUACAAUUUCCUGGUAGCAGCAGACGGGACGGUGUUCGAGGGCCGUGGCUGGGGCGCGGUGGGUGCUCAUGCCAAAGGCAACAAUCAUGACUCACUGGGGAUUGCCUUCAUGGGCAACUUUAAAAGUGAAGCACCGAGCUGUGAAGCGCUGGCUUCAGUCAAGCAGCUGCUGCAGUCCGGCGUGUCUCAGGGCUUCAUAAAGCCCCAGUUCGGCCUGUGUGGACACAGAGAUGUGGGAGACACUGAAUGUCCCGGGGCGAAGCUUUACGGUGUGCUGCAACAACUGAAGAGCACAUAAGGCUUAUCUUUAAAGGGUUUGAGUGCCAAUCAGUUCCCUGGCUUCACAAAGAGUCAUUGUAAAGCUAUAAACAUGAUCAUUCAAAUAAAACCCUAACUUUU